AUGUCCGGUCGGUUACGAAGAGCGGUACAGUUGCGCACUACGUACAGUCAUCCGGACAGCGUCGUGCGUUCGAUCACCGGGAGCGGUACAGUCGCGCGGUCGAGGACAGAUAGCGGUACAGUCACGCGGUCGAUCAAAGAGCGCGGUACAGUCGCUUCGCACGUACAGUCAGCGCGGUACAGCCGCUUCGCACGUACAGUUGUGCAGGCGCACGGAGGGCCUGUCGUGCGUUCGAUCACCGGGAGCGGUACAGUCGCGCGGUCGAGGCCAGAUAGCGGUACAGUCGCGCGGUCGAUCAAAGAGCGCGGUACAGCCGCUUCGCACGUACAGUUGUGCAGGCGCACGGAGGGCCUGUCGUGCGUUCGAUCACCGGGAGCGGUCCAGUCGCGCGGUCGAGGCCAGAUAGCGGUACAGUCGCGCGGUCGAUCAAAGAGCGCGGUACAGCCGCUUCGCACGUACAGUUGUGCAGGCGCACGGAGGGCCGUGUUCGAUCACCGGCGUUCGAUCACCGGGAGCGGUACAGUCGCGCGGUCGAUCAAAGAGCGCGGUACAGUCGCGCGGCACGUACAGUUGUGCAGGCGCACGGAGGGCCUGUCGUGCGUUCGAUCACCGGGAGCGGUACAGUCGCGCGGUCGAUCAAAGAGCGCGGUACAGCCGCUUCGCACGUACAGUUACAGUUGUCGCAGGUCGAGGCCAGAUAGCGGUACAGUCGCGCGGUCGAUCAAAGAGUCGCGCGGCACGUACAGUAGUGCAGGCGCACGGAGGGCCUGUCGUGCGUUCGAUCACGGGAGCGGUACAGUCGCGCGGUCGAGGCCAGAUAGCGGUACAGUCGCGCGGUCGAUCAAAGAGCGCGGUACAGUCGCGCGGCACGUACAGUUGUGCAGGCGCACGGAGGGCCUGUCGUGCGUUCGAUCACCGGGAGCGGUACAGUCGCGCGGUCGAGGCCAGAUAGCGGUACAGUCGCGCGGUCGAUCAAAGAGCGCGGUACAGUCGCGCGGCACGUACAGUUGUGCAGGCGCACGGAGGGCCUGUCGUGCGUUCGAUCACCGGGAGCGGUACAGUCGCGCGGUCGAGGCCAGA